AGUGCCCAGAUUAGAGACACCCGACUUCUCUGGAGAUGUCCCGUCAUAAGCAUGCCGGAGAUCCGGAGGCACGCCAGCCGCUUCUCACGGGACAUCGCCUGGACGUAAGGGAGCUGGACUCGGAUGAAGGUGAAGUCAUUUUUGACAGAACAGCGGAAGCUGGUGGGCACGUACCGCAGAAACUGACGUAUGAGGAAGCAGUGGAAAGAGCAGGUUUUGGUUUGUUCCAUUGGCUGCUGCUGGUGGUUUGUGGUUGGGCCAAUGCCAGCGAUGCUGUGGAGAUUCUUUGUGUUUCUUUUCUGCUGCCAACGGCACGCUGUGAUCUCGAGCUGAAAUCCUCAGACAUGGGCCUGCUGACAGCAAGCAUUUUCCUCGGAAUGAUGGUGGGUGGCUACAUGUGGGGUUACUUGGCUGACCAGAAGGGGCGUCGCAGGGUUUUGGUCAUGUCUCUGACAGUCAAUGGGCUGUUUGGGGGUCUGGCUAGCUUGGCUCCAUGGUUCUGGCUCUUCCUGUUGAUGCGGUUCAUCAGUGGCAUUGGGGUCGGCGGGUCACUUCCUGUCAUUUUCUCCUACUUCUCAGAGUUUAUGCCCCGGCUGAGGAGAGGUGCGAUGAUCAGUUGUCUGGCCACCUUUUGGAUGGCAGGAAACAUCCUGGCUGCAGGUUUGGCCUGGCUGGUGAUCCCCAGAACCUGGGUACAAUUUUUUCUGGGAGCACUGGACUUCAAGAGCUGGCGGGUGUUUGUGGUGCUGUGCUCCGUUCCCAGCAUCUCGUCGGCACUCAUUUUCAAGCUGUUCAUGCCUGAAAGCCCCAAGUUCCUCAUGGAGGCUAACCGUGAGAAAGAAGCAAUCCAGGUUUUCAGAUUGAUGUUUAAGCUGAACAUGAAAGGAAAAGAAAAGGCUCUUCCGGAAUUUGGUUUGCAUACAAGUUCUACCCAAAAAGGUGACAAAGACAAGAGCAGAAGCUUGGGUUCAAGUAAAGAACGUCUUGCAAAUAUUUUGAAAAAGGCUUUGGCUCCCAUUAAAAAGAUAUUUCAGAGCCCUUUCAGAUCCAGGAGUAUCCCUCUUCUCAUCAUUUUCUACUCAAUAUCUUUUGGUUACUACGGGCUGUGGAUGUGGUUUCCUGAGCUGUUUGAGAGAACCGAAGACGGCGGCUCGCCCUGCGCAAAUGUGUCCCGCCCGUCUGUAGCGGCCAAUGAAACCUGUGUCACGGUCAAGACAGCAGUAUAUACGGAUGGCUUCAUCACAGCCGCGGCAAACCUGCCGGGUAACAUCUUCACUAUUCUUGUGAUGGACAGCAUCGGAGGAAAGGCUCUGCUUUCCGGCAGCCUGUUGUUGUCCAGUCUGAGUGUCUUCUUCAUCUAUGUGGUUCAGACCAAAGCUCAGAGUCUGAUCCUGUCCUGCAUCUUCAGCGGGGUGUCCGUGAUCGCCUGGAAUGCGCUGGAUGUCGUAGGAACUGAGCUCUACCCGACAAAGCUACGGUCCUCUGCUCUUGGUUUCUUCACAGGCGUGGGCCGAGUGGCAGCGAUCAUGGGUAACUUGGUCUUUGGAAGGUUGGUGGAUGCAAACUGUGCUGUCCCCAUCCUGCUGGUGUCAGCCCUGCUGCUCACUGGAGGACUGGUGGGUCUUCUACUUCCACAAACCAGGCAGACAGAGCUCACAUGAACACUCGCGUUGUUUUAAAUGGAUUCAGCUUCCUCUUAACAUCCUCACAGAUGGGUAGAACGACUUGAAGCUCUGUAAUCUCUGUAUUUCCUGGUUGAAUCCUGUGCCUUCUGUCAUCUUUUUCUAUGGUGCCUAAUUUAAAAAUUCCACUGCUAAAACAAAUUGUUAACCUGUUAGCAGUCGGACGUACCGCCCACGGGACAUUGGAUGGUUUAGGGGACUAAUUGGACUGCUAAGGGGUUUUAAACAACAGUUGGCUCUCUCUGCCUUCCAAGAAUUACUGCGUUGGAAAGCUGAGAAAGAAGUGCCAGUGUGUUAUUAAAAUCCUGGACACCUGUAAAAAGUUUAUGUAAAUGACAAAACCCUAUAUUCAAAGUGAGAAAAUGGGGCCUCAUUAUCUGGUUUACUGAAGAGUGAUGGAUCGACUGUAGGUCUUGUGUUUUUGCUUUCCUGUCAUGUUUAAGAAACUAGUUUUGUAUAGUGAGUACACUGUUCUCAUAAAGGACUGAAUGUGGACAGCAACAAUACUCAGGUAGGCUCUGUCAUAAAAACGAUGCUCAGUUGGUACUAAGGGGCCCAAAGUGUGCCAAGAAAAUAUCCCUCACAUGUUUACACCAUCACCACCAUCCCAAACUGUUGAUACAAGGCAGGAUGGAUCCAUGCUUUCAUGUCGUUUACACGAAAUUCUGACCCUACCAGCCAGAUGUUGCAGCAGAUAUUGAGACUCAUCAGGUCAGCCAACACUUCUGUUUUCUAAUUUUGAUGUCUUAUCCGACAGGAAACUCAAUUAAAACAGCUGUCUGUCCAAAUGUUCAGUUUGAACUUAAGUAGGUCGUCUUGACCGUGUCUACACGCCGAAAUGCACUCAGGUGGUGUCAUGUGAUUGGCUGAUUAGAUAUUUGCCUUAAUAGCAGUUGACCAAGUGUACUCAAUAAUGGGGCCAGUGAAUGUAUAUUAUGUCACAGUGGAGGAUGCUCAAAUUUAGUCUUAUGCCUUGUCCCUAAUAGGACCUACUCAGGGACAUGGCUCUGGCAUUGAGCACACAAACCCUUACUGAGGCUGCAUUCAAAUCUUCUGGAUGUGAGGCUCAGCCAAUCCGAGAAGGCUGACUUAAAGCAGCUGCAGUUUUUUGUCAUGUCUCUUUUGAAUUGUGAAAAAACAAGGCCAAGUGUAAGAUAAGUGCUAUUAGUUUUUUUUAAAUCAUUUUUAACUGUGAGUCAUUCUAAGCUGUAUUAGUGCAAUCUAAGAAUAAAACCAUGCAGCUAGAAAAAAAAGUGUUUUAAUAAGUUGCCUUCAAAUAUAUGUCUGAAUAAAUGGCCUUGUAUGAUGUUUUUGGAGGUUCAUGACCUGCAUAGGUGGUGUAAUCAGCCAAAGUAUAAUGGGUUCCAAAACGUCUAUACUUAUGCACAGAAUAGAUUUUAGUAGGUUCAGUCUGAUAUUUUCCUGCACAAACUGGAUCGGGCAAGUUUAGUUCAGUUUGAGUGGAAAACCAAAGAUUUCAGAGUGCAGUGAUGGGAAAGGACCAAAUCAUUUACAGACUACCUUAAUAUCUUCCUGAGAGACUACAUCGAUGAUCCUAUCAGGGAUUUUGUAAAAAUUUAAAGCAGAUUUACAAUUAUUUUGUAAUGCCUUAAUCAGGUUUUUAAAUAAAUGCAGCUUUUUCUUCA